GAAGAAGAGGAGUGGGCGGGUAGUAAGGAGGAGGAGGGAAUCCAGAUGGGAAGGAGCAGAAUAGGCGCCGCAGGAGAGAGAUAGAGAGGGGAGACAGGCUGUGGAGGAGAAGACGCAAAGCUUCAUCUCUGCCUGGAGAUGAGAAAUACUUUUAUCUCACACUGAACUGUCGGAUUUCACCUGUUGCUGCCAUGUAUUUUGUGUGUGUCACAGUGCUCUGCUGCCGCUGGCCCACCCCACGCUGGGCAGGACGCAGCAUCCCUCCCCGGACCCGAAGCCCCUCCUCCCCUUCCACCUGCUGCCUCGAUUCACUGAUAUGGAUCACCUACAUAAAGCUCUGAUUGGCCCUGGCUUCGGCCUUACAUCGCCGCUGAAGAGGAAGCCCAGUUCCUGUGGAGUCUGUCGACUGAGGUUCAACUCUGAGGCGCAGGCGUCUUCUCAUUAUGUUGGCACCAAACAUGCUAAAAGGCUGAAAACGAUGGACGCCCCCGAUUCAAAGAUCGGGAACUCUGAACCAGUCGCCACGGAAACCACUUUGCAAAUCCUCCCAUCAACCUGCUCCCAGCCCUUCAGCUCUGACAAAAUAUCAGGAGAUCCCUUACCCCCAAACCCUACCUCAGAGAUUUCACCAUUGAGCAGUGCCCCCGCUGAAACUGUGAAUCCGCUUUCUGACCCCUCCCUGUCGCCCAGCCCUACAUCACCAGACAAGGAGACACAAAGAGACGGAGAGGCAGACGUGGCUCCAGAGGGGGAAACAGAAGAAGAGAAAGCUAUACGUCUUCUCUACUGCUCUCUCUGCAAGGUCGCAGUGAACUCUGCCUCGCAGCUGCUGGCCCACAACAGUGGCACUAAGCACAAAACAAUGCUGGAGGCAAGGAGUGGGCAUGGGGCCAUCAAGUCUUUCCCGAGGGCUGGGGUCAAGACUAAGUUGGUCGUACUUCCUGACUUAUCUACGGGACUCCAGAACAAAACUUUCCACUGUGAAAUCUGCGAUGUGCACGUCAACUCGGAGACUCAGCUCAAACAGCACAUCAGCAGUAGAAGACACAAGGAUAGGGCAGCAGGUAAACCAGCCAAGCCCAAGUUCAGCCCUUACACUCCGACCCAGCGUCACCAGAGUUUCCAAGCAAUUCAUCUUGCUCUGUAUAAGAACCCAGACUUGACCAAACCUUUGGCGUCCUGUCUCAUACAACGUCAACUCUCUGUUGCCACUGCUGCCGCCAUGGCAGCGCUGCCCCACUUCCCUCUCCACUCUGCCAGAAACUCGAGCCCCGCCCUGUUUCGGAGUCAGCCCCUCCCUCAGGCACUGAUGCACUCAGCCCCUGGACCCAUCUGUUCAACACACACACCGGUGCUGUUCUCUCCAUACUGACCCCAAUGUCUCAAUCAGCCCUGAACUGCAGCUAAAAGCAGACUGAGACCUGAACAAGAUGUGAUAUAAGACAGAGUUACUGUGCUCUACAAACAACAGCUACUGUGGGUGUUAAGGAGCAGGACUGAACAUUAUUUGCUCUGCCCAAACCAUGAAGUGGACAAGGAUAAAGUGUAUACAAAAGCAGCAAAUUAGAGAGUACUGUCUGAUGUGAGCGUGUGUGUGAAUAUGUGUGAGUGCACACACAAAUAUAGCCAUCAUAAAAGUUUGUUGCACUACUGCUUCAUCCUCUGUAAUUCACAUAUUUUAAGAUGCUGAUAAUGAUAUGACAAUCAAUAAAAAGCCCUUUUAAAAUUGACAUUUUGAUUCAGUAUAAGAAAGGUGUUUAUGGUAAACUUCAAUGAUGUCUGUAAACGUGUGUUUGGCUGUGUAGAGUUGCAUUUUAGUAUGAAUGGCAAGUAAAGCAUAGUUGAAUGAAUAUGGUUAUUUUUUUCCAAUAAAACUAAGUUGUGGAUAUUAA